AUGGAGCUGGUGGCGGACUACACCGCCAACCCCGACUACAUGAAGACCUGGGCGGAGAUCAUGGAAGGGUAUGAGAAGUUCAUGGAGGCGGUGGAGGACAAGUCGAAGCCGACGAAGAUCACUCUGGAAGGCUUUGGCGAGGUGUACGUGUCGCAUCUCAGGGUGUACGCUGACUUGGCAGGGAAGGCGUUCGACCUGAGGGCGAGGCUGACCGCGUACUGGAAGAGCAUAGUGCUGAGGCUCGUCGAUGGCCUGGCACUGCACGUCCUUCUCAGCGUCAAGCUGCUGGUGGGGAAAGACCUCGAGGAGGAGCUCGGCAACGAGCUGCUGAGCAAUAAGUUCGCCGGACUGGAGAAGAUGCUCGCGCCGUCGCCGAGCACCGGAACGAAGCGUGAGCGCCUCAAGAAGAGCAUCGUCCUGCUUCGUCAGUCCAAGGAGGUUGUGGCCAAUAUAAUGGACAGGAUUAGCGAUGCGCGUGAAAUCUAG